UCUUACGACAUGUUCUGGUGUUAAAUGUGGCGCUAUCAUGUACGACAGGUCAUAUUUCUGACACUUGUAUAUGAAUAUUAUAUUUACAAAGUAUAAUGACUUGUUACGAGACCUUUUACCAAGUUUGUUAGUUUUAAAAAGCACCUCUACGUUUCCUACAUUUUAGGUAGCUUGCUUGCUAACUAACUAGCGAACAUAGCUAGCAAGGCUAGCAAAGCUGGCUACCUUGGUUGGUUCGACUGCUUAUCAGACGCAAUACCAGGGGAAACUAAUGUCAGAAACUGAAAAAAAGAAAAUAACGACGUCACGUAUUUGUUGUGAUUUAUUGUGGGACUUGCCCAUAACUUCCACCGUGCUGACAUUGUGUUAGCGACCGUAAGCCAACUGUUAGCAACCCUCUGAUUACAGACAUUAUUUAUGCCUAGUUACCUACGACCUAUCUAGCGUUAAUAGCAACACAGCGAGCCAGUAAUUUGCUACGGUUACCGGUUUCGCGUAGGUCAGAAAACAUGUAUCAGCAGGACUUUUCAGGAGAUUCCUCCGCGGCUAGAAAGAUGUCUUUCCAGAACAGGAGAGGUAGUAGCACCACAGGUAGUGGCUCUGCGUCUGGGUCUGCUCCAGGCAGCAUUAAUGCACUUCCCACGGAUGACUAUCAGUCAGCUAUGCAGACCAGGUCCUCCUCCCCUGGGCUGCAUCACCAUCCUCAGAGCCUCAUCCCCCCCCAGUCCCAAACGUCCGGUGCCCAGGUUAAAAAGAAAAGCGGCUUUCAGAUCACCAGUGUGACCCCGGCCCAGAUCUCGGUUAGCACCAACAACAGCAUCGCCGACGACACAGAGAGUUAUGACGACAUGGAUGAAUCCCACACGGAGGACCUCUCCUCUUCGGAGAUGCUGGACGUUUCUGUGUCUCGGGCCACCGACACCGGUGUCCCAGAGCGAAGCUCCUCGGACGAGACCCUGAACAGCCUCCACGGGGUGGAGACUCCGGGGGCAGCGUCCCCCAAUGAACCCCUGCACCCCCAGGCCCCUCCCUGUGAACCCCUGAACCCUCAGGGCCCACCUCCGCCUGGAAACAUAAUGAACGGGACCGGUCGUACUCUCCACGGGAGGGGGGCAUCAGCCUCUCCUGGCUCCUUGGCAGGGGGGAUGUCUGCUGGGGCUUCUGGAACCAACACAACCCAGAUGGAGCAGGGUGCGGUGGAGAGUAUCACGACCAAGUCUUCUACCGUUGCCGCUGGGCCGGGCGUCGAUGCGUCAUCCAUAGGCGGCGCCUGUGGUGUCCCUCCAUCUGCAGGUACCACAGACAGUACUACCACCCGGCCAGGGGCAGUCCCUGGAGGCGCAGGGACCCCUGGUAGCGCCCAGCCUGGGGUGACCGUAGCAGUGGCGCCGGCCACGCCGUCUGCCGCCCAGGCCCACGCCGCUACGGGCUCUCGUUUCCGAGUGGUGAAGCUGGACUCCACCUUGGAGCCGUUUCGUAAGGGACGGUGGAUGUGCACGGAGUUCUAUGAGAAGGAGGUACCGGCCGCCGCGCCGACCCCCGACCCUGCACCUGGCCCGGUCUGCCCGGAGAUCGAAGCUGGGAGUGCGGUGGUGCCCGGUGUUGUCCAGUAUGGGGGCGUGGAGAUGGGAGCAGUGGCACCCCAGACCCUGCAGGGCUACCAGCCACCCCUGCCACAAGACUUUCCCCCCCAGGAAGCUAACCCUCCCCUGCAGCAGAGGACCGUUCUCCCCCCUGUUACAGCGCCUGGGGCCCCACAGGAGUCGGCCCGGGGGGCUGGGAGUCAGGCUGGUCCGCAGCCAGGGCCCUUUUCUGUGGACCAGGCCCAGACAGGCUAUCCAGCGCCACAGCUCCAAGCUGGGCUGAUGAGCCUCACUGGCAGCCGGCCUCCAGACUUCAUCCAGCCUACGGCUCCUCUCCAGUCCCAGGUCCUGCCUCCUGGCACCCUGGGGGUUUCCGCGCCGGGCCCGACUGCUGUCGCUCAUCCGCUUCAGAGCCACCACCUCACGGCCCCGCAGCAACACCCACAUCCCCAGAACCCCUCCGGCCCCUUCGUGACCACACUCCGUGCUGACCUCCAGCCCCUGCUGACCCACGGGGUGCCCCUCAGUCUCAGCGGCCUGGGACACAGCGGGGCCCCCUACGCUGUGUCCCGCCUGGAAGAUGCCCAGAGGCUGCUGUUCCAGCACCAGUCCCUGCUGGCGCUGCCCCGCCUGGGGUCUGCCGGGGGUGGCGCGGGGGGUCCCCUGGGCACGGCUGCAGACGCCAGUGCCUUAGUGGCCGCUGCAGCAGGUUUGAAGACGCAGGCCGCAGACGGGGAGGAGGACAGCUCUUCUGGUGCCAGUUUGGUGGCCAUCGACAAUAAAAUAGAACAAGCAAUGGACCUGGUGAAGAGCCACCUGAUGUAUGCAGUGAGGGAAGAGGUAGAGGUUUUGAAGGAACAGAUCAAGGACCUGAUAGAGAGGAACUCCCAGUUGGAGCAGGAGAACCUCCUCCUGAAGACCCUGGCCAGCCCAGAGCAGCUGGCCCAGUUCCAGGCUCAGGUCCACCCCAGUGCUGCCUCCCCAACAGGGACAGCAGGCUCCUCCAACUCUCAGCCUCAGGUCCUGCCAUCCUCACAGAGCUCUGGGACCUCCGCUUAGAGCUCUAGAGCUCCCAGGCCUGCCUGAUCCACCACCGAUACCCCUGCCCUGACCCCUACCGGGCCAGGCCAUGGGAGGACAUUCGCAGGAGGGGGGGGACUAACAUUACAUUACUGUGAACUGACCUCAUGCAUCGCAAAGAACCACUAUGCCACAGUCAAGGAGAGCACACUACGGAAAUAGAGAGUACGUUUUGCACAUUUAUUUAACUGACAAUAAGACAAUGAAAGACACUCAUGUGUCAGGUGUCCUUGCCGCUCGUUGUGCUUCAGACAAUCAUUUUAGAAAACAGAAUGGACUGACAAUUGUCAUGGAGACAGACUGACAGUGACAACCAUCUUACAUCCACAACUGAUGCACUCACUGAGGAGAUCUCUGCAGGGAUUCUUGAAAUUGUGCCAUGGCCAACUCUUCCCCACUUUACAUAUAGUUAUUUUGUUUUAUUUCCUAGCUGCAAGUUGAAUCAAAGAAGCACUUUGUCCGUAAUCGUUGACAAAGAAACGUAUUAUUUAUGGGGCCUGUUUAGGAAAGGGAAGACCCCAUCUGUUAUGGGGAGUAGAGAACAUCUUGUUUUCUUUUAGAAUCAAUGUUCUCACAGCCCUUUUUGUCUAUGUUCUGUGAGAGGAUUUGUUUAGGGGGAGUGGGAGGUGAAGGAUGGUACAUACAUUAGACGUCUCUGAGUUAUUUCUCACUCAGUGUCCUCUAUCCUCUCCUGCCAUUUUCUCCUAUCUGCUCCAUCUUUUCUUCUCCCUUAGACAUUGAUGCAUCAUGUAAUGAUAGAUAAAAUAUACAUGUAUUUUUGGCGGGAGGGCCUGAAGACAACUGUGGUGUGUUUAUUUGGUGUUGUUGUAAUUGAUUCUAGUGGUCUUUGUACAAAUAUUUAUGUUUCAAUGUGAAUGGAGAUUAAAAAAAGGAUUUGACUUUCUAGGUUUAAACACAUUCCUAUACAAACCAAUCACAGCCUGUUUCCCUCAAGCAUGGACUGUGGUGUCACUGGUCGGGGCCAUUACAGGCUGGUUCUACAGGCUGGUUUUACAGGCUGGUUCUGCAGACUACUCUCCCUCUCAGUACACACUGGUUGAAUCAAAUUGGUCUCCAAGUAAAUUAAAAAAAGAAAAACCUAUGACCUUGAUUCAAUGUGGGAAACUGAUUGGGUUUUGGUUCUCCCUAAAAACAAGGCAUUUCACCCGGGGGCGGAGCCUUGUCUUCCAUUACAACAGGCACCGUGUGAAUGAUUCAUUGUGCGUUGUCAGCAGCAGCACCAGGGUUUUUGAUGGCACAAACAUUUUAUAAAUAGCAAAAGUCGUAGAUGUGGAAUGAUAAAACAUUUGUAGUCAAACAACAGACUGUGUACCUGGUUUUGACGCACGUUGAGAUCUGCCUAAUGUGGUCAGUCUUAUAUAGCUGAGUAGCUUGUUCUCUUGUCUGGGCGGCUGGUAAAGUUGAAAGGUUGAGCUCACAGUAGUGAGAACAAGUAAGAAUGUGUCAUUGCUAGCGCUUAUCAUUUCAUUAUGAUUUCUUGUCACUUUCUUGUCUCCUGGUCCCUGUUUGUGUCUUCGUACAACAGCCACCCAUCUGUGAGAGACAGACAUGACAACUUACUGUAAUACAUAAAUGUUCAUCAGUUUAUCAGUGUGUUGGUGGGAGAGUUAACUAUUCUCUACUGAGGCAGGGUUGCUUCUUUUCCAGUCAGUGUGCGACUGGUGAAAACAUUUACAUGAACAUGCAGCUCGCCACACUGUCAGCUGUUGAAGCCACACCCAUUACGAUGUAAACCGGGAAAAAUUACAUGGUUUCAGGGAGACCCUUGGAUUAGAAAAAAGUAAUGAACUUAAAGGAAAUAAGGGAAACUUUUUACCCAAGCUUUAACUUAAUCCAAUAAAAAGGAUCAUUUUGUUGUUGAUUAAAUGUUGAAUUUAUAUUGGUUGACAAAUUAAUUACAUUUGAAUCAAACCUAGACAUUGAAUUGACUUUGGUGUGCAGUGAGCUCACAACACAAGGACUGAACAAUGGCCCAACAAGCUGUCUCUAAUCCUAUAUGCCACACACUGGGUUUUAAGUGGGAUAUAAACAUUUAAUUAAAGCUAGGUUAAGGAGAAUGUGUUUAAGUAAAUUUUGUGCAUGUUUCUCAGCACACAACACGUUACCUUAUAAUUGCACAACACAGUUGCACUUCCAAUAAAAUGGAAAAUUGAAAUGUUG